AUGGACAAAGCGCGGUCUUCGUCCCAGACCGCCAUGUUGGGCGGUAAGGAGAUGGAGUCACCUUCCUCCUCCCGCCUUUGGCCGAGCAGACGCCACCCUGUGGCCACUUUCAUGGAGAUCGCCCUACCCUGCAUCUUCAUCCUAAUCAUGGGGCUACUCAAGGCGCUGGUGGAUGACGUGGACGUGCCUGAAGGCUGGAGUGACGACGAGAGCGUCACGAGCGAUGACACGUUGGGCACGUCCUACAACCUGUUACAGACGUCGGGCACCACAUUAUCCGGCAUCCCCGCCAUUCUACCUAAGUUUACGAUGCACGAGACGUCUCUGUGGGGUAUUCUCUUGUAUAUGGGUAGUCUGUCCAUAUCGGAGGGCAUGAAAAUGGACGAAUUAUCGUCCACAGAGCUAGCAAACUGUACGACGGGAGUGACUGCUCGAGGCUUGGUAGACAUCGACCCUACGUCAGAAUACGCUGUACCCUCGUCAUGCAGAGGCAAAGUAGCGCCCUACAAGAUCGCCAUUACCCCGGACAAUACCUUUACGAGAGAUUAUUUCAUGCAGACUAUGGAGCUGUGGUAUCCUCGAAUAAACCUACGCAAUUCGUCCACAUCGGCGGUAUUUCCGUCAUUUCUGGAGAGUGUCAAGUUCUUUGACACGGAGGAAGCAAUGGAGGACUAUGUGAGUGGUCAGGACUACGCGUCAAGUCUGGAGAAGCCUCAUAUCUACGGAGGUAUCGUGUUUGAUUCGCAUCCAGCUGACGACGAUAUCGGGUCUUUCCAGGAUAUUGAGUACACUGUGAGGCUAAAUUCGACACUUGGACGACGUGGCGCUAUCGGGUUAGUCCCCAGAACAGGAGGAGACCCACCGCAGAUCUCCCCAUUCCAGAAAUCGAUUAGUAUGGACUACUACACGAGAUAUUCCAUUACAGGGUUCAUGACGCUGCAGACGUUGGUCACGAGGUUCGUGUCCUGUAUGCCCCAAUGGGAUUCUGCUACCAAGACGACGAAUGGAGAGUGUCAGAGGCCACAGACAACAGCGGAGGCGUCGACGGAACUGGACGACGCACUGCUGUCAUCGCUGGAUAAUGAUGUGAUUAUCUCGUCUGCAGUCCAGAAUAUUGCUGGAACAGACGCCACUUUCUCAAGUUUAAAGGAUUUCUUCCCAAACGAAACGAUAGAAGCGUUGCUGAAGCCAUUGCGACAAGCUCCACAGCCGUACCUGGGCGCAUCGGUGGCGCCAUUCCCCAUCGAAGCAUACGUUAGCUCGCCCUUCUACGACCAGGUGUCAGACGUGUUCGCUAUCGUGUUCAUCUUGUCGUAUCUGUACUCGAUUUCCCGGAUUCUGGUGGUUUUAAUCCAAGAGAAAGAGCUGCGUCUGCGAGAGUACAUGAAGAUUCUGGGCGUCAAGGAGAAGGCGAUUGUCGUGUCCUGGUACAUCACGUACGUCCUGAUCCUGUUCUUCGGCUCAAUUCUGCAGGCUCUCAUGGGUAUGGCCGGUCUCUUCUCGAACAGUUCGGUGGUGUUGAUCUUCCUCUUCUUCUUCCUCUUCAGUCUCAGUGUCCUCGCGUAUGGCUUCAUGAUCAGCACCAUCUUCAGUAAAGCUCGUGUUGGAGCGUUCGUGGGCAUGGUGGUCUUCUUCCUCAUGUACUUUGUCUCAGCUGCGUUCACGACGGAAACGGCAGAGAACCAGAAGACAGCAGGCUGUGUCCUGUCCCCCGUGGCUCUGUCACUCGGAGUGACGGUGUUGUCGAACUUGGAAGCCACAGGAACGGGCGUCAACUUCUCCAACGCGAGCGUCUUGAGCGACAACUUCCGUUUCAGUCGAUCACUGCUCAUGUUCGCUCUCGACACGGUGUUGUAUACUCUACUGGGACUCUACUUCGAGAAGGUCAUCCCCAAGGAACACGGUACGACGUUGAAGUGGUAUUUCCCGGUAUCUCCUUCGUACUGGAGGAGUCGUAGUAAAGCGCGUGAGGCAUUAAAGGACGCGGACCCGGGUGAGGCCUUGCUGGACACUGUAUCUGUUGAUGUGAACCACAACUUUGAGCCUGUGAACGCAGAACUCCGCGAGCAGGAGCGUCAGGGUGAAGUAUUGGCAGUGCAGCGAUUGCGUAAGGUUUUCUCGGUCCCUGGAGGUGAGAAAGUGGCAGUCCAAGGUCUGAAUCUGACCAUGUACAAGAACCAGAUCACCUGUUUGCUAGGACAUAACGGAGCUGGCAAGACGACACUUAUCUCUAUGCUUACGGGCAUGAUCGCGCCUUCGAGUGGAGACGCUACGUUCCGAGGCAUGUCGAUCACCGAAGAUAUGGACGAGAUCCGUGAGUCGUUGGGUCUUUGUUUCCAACACGAUGUACUGUUUGAAGAGCUAACUGUGGAAGAACAUCUGCUCUUCUUUGGACGUAUCAAGGGCUACACGAAGACUGAGCUGGACGCUGUGAUUACCCGACAGAUCCGUGAGGUUGGACUAACGGAGAAGCGUCAUGUGAAGUCGACGGAGCUGUCUGGUGGUAUGAAGCGCAAGCUCUCCGUUGCUGUCUCGCUACUUGGUGACAGCUCGUUGGUGUUUUUGGACGAACCAACGUCCGGUAUGGAUCCGUACAGUCGUCGUAGCACGUGGGAAAUCCUGCUGAACAAUCGUAAUGAUCGAGUGAUGGUAUUGACGACACAUUUCAUGGACGAAGCCGACAUUCUAGGUGAUCGUAUUGCCAUUAUGGCUGAAGGAGAGCUGCGUUGUUGCGGGUCGUCGCUGUUUUUGAAGAACCGCUUUGGAGCAGGCUACAACUUGACGUUAGUGAAGGACGAUGCCACCUGCAAGGACAGCGCAGUGAUUGAUUUCGUGACGUCUCGAGUGCCCACGGCGCAGGUGCUAAGCAACGUCGGCAGUGAGAUUGCGUUCCAGUUGCCACUUGCAAGCUCGUCAAAGUUCGCGUCGAUGUUCGCAGACAUGGACGACAAUCUUCAAAGGCUUGGGUUGUUGUCGUACGGCGUCUCUGUGACUACACUUGAGGAGGUGUUCAUUAAGGUGGCGGAGGCAGAUGAUCACGGUAACCAGCACACACUUGGGAACCGAGGUCGGGUGGAAGCGCCAGUGCAGAGCCCCGCCGCUUCAAGUGAUUCCGGUGCAAUUCCUGACCAGACUGGGUCGUUCUUCUUGACUCAUUUACGGGCUCUCUUUCUCAAGCGGUUCCGAUACGCCAAGCGCGACAAGAAGAUGAUCUUUUACAGCUUAGCGCUUCCGAUUUUCCUAUUGCUAGUUGGAUUGGGGCUGCUUCAAGGCACCAGCUUCACGAAGAACGACCCGAACCUGCCGUUAACCUCAGACAAGUUUGACUAUGGAACAGAGACCCCAACACCGUACUUCUGCCAACCCGGUGCAACAGACGACCAAUGGUGCAGCACUGCAAUGGGCGGAUCGUACUUUACCGACGUUUCCACGGAAGCACUCGCACUAUCCGAGCCAGCCUACGACUCCAGUUCGCCCACAGUCUUUCGUGUGACGUACACGAACCCAGCCAUCAACACUAGUACUGGAUACGGAUUACGUCUGGGUCAGGAAGUUCACAAACGCGGUUACGGUGUCGACACUAGUACAGUUGAAGGCCAAUACGGCGCCUACUUGGUGCACGGAGACAGUAACCAGAACCUGUUGGGCUACAACAUGCUCGUCAACACGACGUCCACCCACAGUGCCGUCAUCUUCAAGGCGUUAAUGGACCAGACGCUCUACCGGUUCUUCGCAUCCAACUCGAGCUCCGAUGGGUCGAACAUCAACUUGGUUGUUAACAACCAUCCGCUCCCAUUAACUGCUGAUACGAAGGCUUUGUUCGGGUCUUUCCUGGCGUUUACGGCGUGCUUGUUCAUCUGCAUCGCCUUCACGUACUACCCGGCGUCUAUCGUGACUUUCUUGGUCAAGGAGAAGCAGUCGAGUCACAACUCGAAGCACCAGCAACUGGUAUCGGGUGUGUCUCUUGGGGCUUUCUGGCUGGCCAACUUUAUCUGGGACUUCUUGCUGUAUUUGAUCCCAUGCGCUGCAGCGAUCAUCAUGAUCAAGGGCUUCAACAUCGACUCGAUGACUGGCAGUUCGGCUUGCAACAGCUGCACGUCCGAGACGUUCCCGGCGGUCAUUGUCCUGUUUAUUUUAUUCGGAUUAGCGAUCUGUCCGUUCACCUACUGCCUGUCAUAUCUGUUCAAGGAACACGCGUCGUCCCAAACGUACACGAUCAUGAUCAACUUCAUCAUCGGCGUCGUGCUGAUGGUCGUGGCGUUCAUUCUGGAUGUGAUCGAGUCGACGGAAGAUGUGAACGCCGUGCUGGUCUUCUUCUGGCGCUUGUCUCCGCUCUUCAAUCUCGGCUACGGGCUGUUGAAUCUGGUGUUAAAUGAGCUCACAACGAUCCGAGAGAGUGACGAGUCCAAGACGAGUCCGUUCAGUACGGACCUCAUGGGCUGGGAGAUGAUCUUCCUGUUCGUCACGGCCAUUUUGUACGGAUUCCUGGCUGUGGGUAUCGACUACGCGAUGACUUUCCCCAAGGUGAAAGACUGGAUGAGUGGCCGUGAUAAUGUACAAGACGAACCGUACGAAGAAGACGUUGAUGUUGUCAAGGAGGCGCAGCGUGUGGCCAACGGAGAAGCCGAUAGCGACAUCGUCAAGCUAUCAAACCUUCGCAAGGUGUAUCCCGGUGGCAAGGUCGCGGUUCGUAACUUGUCGUUCGGGUUGAAACGCGGCGAAUGUUUCGGUUUCCUGGGUAUCAACGGCGCUGGUAAGACGACGACGAUGAAGAUGCUCACGGGCGACGAACUCCCCACGCACGGUACGGCUACACUCAGCGGCUUUGACAUUUUAACGCAACAGCUCGAGGUUCUACGUGAACAUCUGGAGCUGUUCGCCUCGAUCAAGGGCGUCCCAAGCUCUCAACUGAAUGUCGUUGUACAGGACAAGAUCAAGCAGUUGAAUCUCGCAGACUUUGAGAACAAACUGGCCGGUAGUCUGAGUGGCGGCAACAAGCGAAAGUUGUCGGUGGCGAUUGCUAUGAUCGGCAACCCACGUAUCAUCUUCCUGGACGAGCCGUCGACUGGUAUGGACCCGGUCUCUCGUCGCUUCAUGUGGGAUGUUAUCGCUGAUAUCUCAACUCGUGGCAAGAACUCUACGAUCGUACUGACGACGCACAGUAUGGAGGAGUCAGAGGCGCUGUGUUCACGCGUCGGCAUCAUGGCGGGUGGUCGUCUGCGAUGCUUGGGUAGUGUACAGCACUUGAAGUCUCGCUUCGGCGAUGGUCUAGUCUUCGACGUCAAGCUGGCCAAUCCGUCCCAGGAAGAGCUGGAUGAACUGGUUCAACGACACUUUGGAGGAGCCGAAGAGAUCGUGACUCGUGACGAUCUGGAGGACAAGUGCAGGGCGUUCGGAGACCAGGAACUAGCUCAGCGAGUGGUGGCUUCCCACCCGACCGGGUACGGCCUUGCUGCUGUGUUGGAACGAGAUGGAUACAUUCGUGCAGAAGCUUUUCUGUCGUGGUGCUUGGAGGAAACGCGUUUCGAUGCGUUGCUCCAUUUCCUCAGCUACUCGUUCAGCCACGGUGGCGUGUCCGUGAUGGAGCGUCAAAACGAUUUCUGCCGUUUCAAGUUGCGUGGGUCCAACGAGGAGUUGCGCUUGUCGAAGGUGUUUGCGCUUGUGGAAGAUAUCAAGGACAAGAUGCACAUCCGAGAGUACAGCGUCUCGCAGACGUCACUGGAGCAAAUCUUUAACUUCUUCGCCUCCCAACAGGCCGAGGAACAGGGUGUCGCUCGUGGUUUCCAAGAAGCUUAA